UUCAUUCAUAAGCAUUUCUAAGAAAAUCCUUGCUUUCCUAGCAAGCUUACCAAUACAAUAGAAAAACAUUAUUUCGAUCAUUCCAUUUCCAUAUGGACAAGCUCUUUUUCAACCACUGUUUCAUUGGAUACUGCCUUCUUUAUUCUCUCUUGCUUGUGCAUGGCAAACAAUUGUCAUGCAAUGAAACCCCUUACCCCUCUGUGUGCAAGCAUUACAUUGAAACUACCAAAACAUUAUCAGCCCUAGAUGCUUCACCUUCUUCAUUCCAUGAUAUGGCCCUUAAGGUCACCAUGGUGCAAGCCAUGGAGGCUUAUAAACUUGUCUCAAACAUGGACUUGAAUAAUUUCAAGGACAAGCGAGCCAAGUCUGCAUGGGAAGAUUGUUUGGAGCUCUAUGAAAACACACUUUAUCAGCUCAAACGCUCAAUGAACUCGAACAAUCUAAAUGAUAGGAUGACUUGGCAAAGUGCAUCCAUUGCCAACCAUCAAACAUGCCAAAAUGGUUUCACUGAUUUCAACCUUCCCUCUCACCUAAACUACUUCCCUUCCAUGUUAAGCAACUUGUCUGGAUUGCUUAGCAAUUCCUUGUCCAUUAGCAAGGCUAUGACAUUGAGAUCAUUGUCAUCAUCACCAACGACCAAACAAAGUGGUGGGCGAAAGUUGCUUUCAGAUGGCUUCCCCUAUUGGCUGUCACGUUCAGAUAGAAAGCUUCUUCAGGAAACAGCAUCAAAAGCUGAUGUUGUGGUGGCACAGGAUGGGAGUGGGAACUAUAAGACUAUCUCAGAAGGUGUGGCUGCAGCUUCUAGACUCAGCGGGAAAGGGCGUGUUGUUGUGCAUGUCAAAGCUGGCGUAUACAAAGAGAAUAUUGAUAUCAAGAGGACAGUGAAAAACUUAAUGAUCGUCGGAGAUGGGAUGGGUGCUACUAUUGUUACUGGUAACCACAACGCAAUAGAUGGUUCCACUACUUUUCGUUCUGCUACUUUUGCGGUUGAUGGUGACGGCUUCAUAGCUCGGGACAUAACAUUCGAGAACACCGCGGGACCUCAAAAGCACCAAGCGGUGGCUCUCCGUUCCGGCGCGGACCACUCGGUGUUCUACCGGUGCAGCUUUAGGGGGUACCAAGACACCUUAUACGUCUACGCCAACCGUCAAUUCUACCGUGACUGUGACAUAUACGGAACAGUAGACUUCAUAUUCGGUGACGCCGUGGCGGUGCUUCAAAACUGCAACAUCUAUGUGAGGAAACCGAUGAGCAACCAGCAGAACACGGUAACGGCACAAGGAAGAACCGAUCCUAAUGAGAACACGGGGAUCAUCAUCCAUAACUGUCGUAUAACUGCAGCUGGGGACUUGAAAGCAGUGCAGGGCUCUUUCAGAACCUUUCUAGGUCGCCCAUGGCAAAAAUACUCACGGACUGUCGUCAUGAAGAGUGCCCUUGAUGGCUUGAUUAGCCCCGCAGGUUGGUUUCCGUGGAGUGGAAACUUUGCUCUAAGCACCCUCUAUUACGCAGAACAUGCGAAUACAGGAGCAGGUGCUAGCACAGGAGGGAGGGUUGAUUGGGCAGGGUUUCGAGUGAUCUCCAGUACUGAGGCUGUGAAAUUCACCGUUGGAAAUUUCUUGGCUGGGGGAUCGUGGAUUCCGGGGAGUGGCGUGCCCUUUGAUGAAGGUUUAUGAAUACUCUAAAGAAAGAAGGUGUCUGAAACGGAUGUGUGGGGAGGAAUUGUGGUUUCUUGGUUGUUUCCAAAACGGGAUAACAGGUUGUUAUAAAAGAUAGCGAAAUUAAAUUGUCAUGUUGGGUGUUUCCUUGAACAGAGGGUACACAAGUUGCUGUACUUUCCUCUUCCUUUGUCCACUGUCUGCAUUCCUUUUGUCCAGGGAUCCAACUUCGAAGGAGCUGGAUCCGAUCGAUGAUUCGAUGAUAGAUGGUAGAUAGGAUCGAAGGAAUAUUGAUUGGAUAUCCUCUACUUUCUUUCUUUUUUUAGGACGCGAAGAAUAUCCUGUAUAGCUUUAAAUAAUUGUUUGUUUGUACAAAAAAAUAAUUAUUUGUUGUAAAAUGGCACCAAAAUGUACGUGUAAUUAAAAGUCUUUGAUUCAACUUA